AUUACUAUGUGUCUGCGAAGGAAGGAAGGACUGGCAGCUUAGAAAAUAAACAAAAGACGAGCUCAGAUUGCUAAAUGUUUUUGAGGUUAACUAAACUCUUUUAACUACGCUUUUGCGGUCUUUAGGUUGAUCUAUCAGCAAGGGCUGUCCGGCCAUGAAUCCCAAUCUAUCGCUGCGAGUGAGCGUCUUCUCCGAACAAGGAGGCAGGAAAUACAUGGAGGAUUUAACGGAGGUGAUCGUGGAGCUGGAACCCAGCGACGAUGAGCUGCGUGCGGCCGGGCACACCGAUCCAAAGCCGGACCAAGAGCCAGUCUCUGAAAGCGACCCGCCGGGCUGCACAAACAAGCCAUUACCCGUCAUGGUAACGUGGAGAAACACGUUGUCCGCCGACGAGAGUGACGGUACCGAGGAGCCCGGGACUCAGCCGGCGGCAGCGGACAGCAGGAGAUCGGUCGCGUUCUUCGCCGUGUUUGACGGCCACGGAGGUCGAGAGGCUGCGCUGUUCGCUCGAGAUCAUCUCUGGGAUUUUCUCAAGAAGCAGCGGGGCUUUUGGUCGAAGGAUUACCGGAAAGUUUGUGCCGCAAUUCGCAAGGGUUUCAUCGCAUGCCAUCAUGCAAUGUGGAAAAAGCUUCCUGAAUGGCCAAAGACGUUAACUGGCCUCCCCAGUACUUCGGGCACUACAGCCAGUGUGGUGGUCAUCAGAGGGGACCGCAUGUUUGUGGCUCAUGUCGGGGACUCGUCUGUCGUGUUGGGUGUGAGGGAAGAUCCCUCUGAUAAAGUCAUCAAAGCUGUGGAGGUCACACAAGACCACAAACCCGAACUCCCGAAAGAGAAGCAGAGAAUUGAGGGACUGGGUGGCAGUGUGGUGAAGAAAUCUGGUGUGAACCGUGUGGUGUGGAAGAGGCCUAGGCUAACUCACAACGGCCCGGUCAGAAGGAGCACCCCGAUCGAUCAGAUCCCCUUCCUCGCUGUUGCCAGAGCUCUGGGUGAUCUAUGGAGUUAUGACUUCUACAGCGGAGAGUUUGUAGUGUCUCCUGAUCCUGACACCAGUGUGGUGACCCUUGACCCUAAACGGCAUCGUUACAUCAUUGUUGGCAGUGACGGCCUUUGGAACAUGGUGCCACCACAGGAGGCAGUGACUGUGUGCCAGAGCCAUGAUGAAGCUGUGGCACCUUUCGGGAUGUCGGUUGCUCGUCGGUUAGGGUGCCAUGCAUUGAUGCGAUGGCGUCAGCGGAUGCUCCGUGCAGACAACACCAGCGUCAUAGUUAUUGCCCUUCCUGAGCCUGGCAAACCCCACCUACCUAUGCACAGAGACGAGGUCAUACUCAGCCUGGCAGAGGGCUCGCACUGUGACCACGCGAUAGGGUCCCGCUCCAUCACGCCACUCAUCAAGACCCCGGAUCCAGACCUGUCCUCAGGCAGCAGUGAGUCUUUGCCGGCGCUGGAGAGGAGGAACGGUCUGUCGGGAGUGAGUCUGAGCGCAGAACCUCCGUUAGAGGAAAACCUGACUUACACUGAGCUCACAGACAAAGCUGCCUUGACUGUGUGCCCCAGCGAGGGCAACCAGACCCCAGAGACUCCCCUGUCCUCACCGGAUGUGUCAAGUCCAGUGGGGAAGAGGCCCAGGCGGAGCCCCCUCACCCCGAGCAGCUCCCGCCGGAGGACUGGUGAACGCACCGUACCCAAACGCAACACCAGCAGGACUCCCAAACGGACCCCCAGCGUCCCUAUACUACAGCACCGCAAAGCAACCCUCUGUGUCUGCUGAACUCCAAAAGACCGACAAAGAUCCUGGUUUCUGAUGUUCUGCAUGGUCUCAAGAAUAAAUAACCGCUAUUGUUUGUGUCCAUGUUUUGACUAUGUGCCACGGUUUCUGUUUAUAAUGUAGGAUUUGAUUUCCUGUGUUAUCAUCGUGUUUUUUUCUUUCCUUUAAUUUUAAGGGUGUGAAUGUGAGAGUAAAAAGAAAAUCUCAUUUUUAGCAAUCGGAUUUAUAGUGUAUUUUACAUUUAAAAAAA